AUGAACGAGGGGAUAUGUGAGAGAACUGAGGGAAAAGAAGUAGAAGAGAAGCUCGUGAGUAGGUUUAGUAGGUGGAGUAAUAUAGAGGAGAAGCGGACUCGGGACACAGUGGCCGGUGCUGAUGAGUUUCAAUGGUCGGCGAUUAGAGGUGAGCCUUCGGUCGCCAACGAGGUGAGGCGCAAAAGAAGGUCGAUGGAAGAGGAAGGCGCUGAAAAAGAUGCGACGUUGGCGGAGGGUCGAAGAUGGAAGAGGGUCGAUGACCAGGAAAGAGCACGAAGUGGUGGUCGGAGUGUGAGGGGAGUAGUUAGCGUUCGAUGUGGGGGAGGGGAAAGAAGUAUCUCCGAUUAUGUUUUAGGGUAA